AAUUUGCUGAUAAUAGCUGCUGUGAUCACCACGCGUCACCUGCGCACCGUUACAAACUUUUUUGUCCUGUCGCUCGCCAUCGCGGACUGCCUGGUGGGCUUCCUCGUCAUGCCUCUGGCCGUUACUAAACACUUAAAUGAUGGCAAGUGGAUACUGGGUCAAGAGCUGUGUAUAAUGUGGGUGUUAUGCGAUGUCUGUGUCUGCACCGCCUCCAUCUUGAGUCUGUGCGCCAUUAGCAUCGACCGUUACUUCGCCGUCACUCAGCCACUCAACUACUCUCGCCGUCGUCGUUCCAAGCGGCUUGCAGCUCUCAUGAUCCUCUUCGUCUGGAUGGCAGCCAUUGUUAUUAGUUGUCCUCCUCUGAUUUGGUUUCAUGACCUGAGCAACUUUGGCAGCAAAUUAACGGAAGUGGACUGCGACUACAGCGAUCACAAGGGAUACGUCGUGUUCUCAGCAAUGGGAUCGUUUUUUGUGCCGAUGAUCGUAAUGUUGUACGUGUACGCUCGAAUCUCCUGCGUCAUUGCUGGGCGACACAAGGACAUCACUGCUAUCAACAAUCCUCCCCAAGUCAAGUGGCCACUCAAAUCUACUGAUUCAUCCUCAGUGGCAAGUCAUAAGUCGGACUCGGUCGAUCCAAAUAUUUCUGACAUUGUUUUGGCAAUACAAAAAGAAAUUGCUGUAAGCCAAGCUGCAAAUAGAGACGGUUUUAGCGCGAUUGAACAGCGUCUAACUGGUUUACAGGCAUCUGUUGACGAAUUCCAUAAGAGACUUUCUUCUUUAGAGGCGGAAAAUGUUGAACUUAAAGCGGAAUGUGUUGAACUCCGAACUAAAAAUGAAUCCCUGUCUCGGCGGGUGUUUGACGUGAAGAUACAAAUGGCAGAUAUACAGCAGUACUCGCGAAACCAUAACAUUGAAGUUAUGGGUGUCCCCGUCACAAAAAGUGAGAAUGUUUACGAAAUCGUCAAAUCGGUGGCCACCGCGCUUGAUCUAACUUACGACAGACAGUCCAUAUCCAUUGCCCAUCGUUUGCCGGCACCUCGGAGGAAGUCUUUCCACCCCUCUAUCGUCGUCCAGUUCGUGUCCCGCUCAACAAAGGCUGAAUGGAUUUCUGUGGCCAAGAAAAAAAGAAUUAAAACUACGGACUUGGCAGCGUCUCUACCGCCUGCGCCGGUAUUAGUUCUGGAUCAUCUCACACCACAGAAUAAACAUAUACUGGGGAGAGCUAAGUCCUUGGUCAAAGAUGGACAGCUGGCGUUCGCUUGGUCGAGGGACGGAAGGGGCCAACGAGGACAUGUGGUGCGAGCAAGUGUGCGGAAACAAUCAAGGAAGCCAAUAUCUACAUGUCUAGAGGAGUCAGAUCUUGCCAGGGAGUCUUCAAAGAGCAAAGAGUUCUCUGGUAAAACACCAAGUCUAACGACGAGUCUCCGAGAAAACAGACUGCAGGAUCGGCGCUUGAGGCUCUUGGACAACAAGUCCAGGGUCUCAUCCAUCCGGCGUGAGAAAAAAGCGGCACAAACUCUUAGCAUCGUUGUUGGUGGCUUCAUUGUUUGCUGGCUGCCCUUCUUCGUCGCCUAUCUUCUCGCACCAUUUAUAAAACCGACUAAAAUUCCGGACGAGCUGAUGUUUGGUUUAACCUGGCUAGGCUGGAUAAAUUCUGCCAUAAACCCAUUCAUCUACGCCUUCUACAGUCCAGAUUUCCGGUUAGCGUUCUGGAGACUGACUUUUCGAAAUUGUACUGCACGCCAGGUGGUCUCUAUGGAGCUGAGUACCUCAUCUCGCCAGAGCACGUACGUGCGGUAAAGUGUUUUAGGAUACCCUCGGCUUAGAUCUCAUCGCCAUUCCCACCUCCUGGGGUACAGAGACUCCUGCGUCUGAUCCUCCAAGUCUAUUGAAUGAUCUCAGAGAAACGCCAAAAUUACUCUCUUCGAUUAAGGUACUCGGACAGAAAACACUCUAGUUUAUCAGAGUUCCAUCACGUAUAGUACAAAACAUUGCACUUUAGAUGUUAAUUUAUUAUAAUUAUAGCUAUGCAUUUGUUACGUGGAGCUGCCAGGUUAAUGUUUUGUGACAAAAGACGUUGUGGUGUUUAUUUAUAAUAAAAGUCUUUAUUAAA